CCGAGAUCAGAUGCAGCCCACUUGCCACAAGCAAAGAAUUUCCAAUUGUGCCAUUCGCCAGGUAGCAUUUGUUUCUAUUGGCUGGUAAGGAUAAAAAGGUCAGCCUGCCCUACCAAAUAAAAUAAUUCACGCCAUAUUGUUGAAGCCUUAAACCUUAUCACGAGCCUAUAAAUACCUGAGCAUAACCCCGGCUUAUGAUUCUACCUGGGCCAAAUCAACAUAGCAGCAAUACAGAAAGACCUAGUACGAAGCUAGAUCGAUCCACGUUCGUUGCAGUUACUUGCAGGAUUCUGAAGAAAGAUUACCAAGAGUGAACAUGUACUCAAGAAGGACACUGCUUCACACUCCUUCAUUCUCUGGGGGGCAGCCCUCCGGACCAAGCCAGCCGGUGACCGACGGCGGCGCUCCGGGAAGCAACUUCGACGCGAACGUGGUGAUGAUCCUCGCCGUCCUCCUCUGCGCGCUCAUAUGCGCGCUGGGGCUCAACUCGAUCGUCCGGUGCGCGCUCCGGUGCUCGAGCCGGGCGGCGGCGGCGGACGCGGAGCCCAGUCGGGUGGCGCGGCUGGCCAAGGGCGGGCUGAGGAGGAAGGCCGUCCGGGCCAUGCCGAUCAUGGUCUACUCCGCGGGGCUGAAGCUCAACACCGCCUGCCCGAUGUGCACCAUCUGCCUCUCGGACUUCGAGGCCGGGGAGCACGUCAAGGUCCUCCCCAAGUGCAACCAUGGCUUCCACGUCAGAUGCAUUGACCGGUGGCUCCUCGCGCGCGCCACCUGCCCGACGUGCCGCCAGUCCUUGUUCGCCGAGCCGCACAAGGCGUGUGGGUGCUCCGAGGCCAGCCAGGUCGACCCGGCGCGUGUCCACUCUGUGCUUGUGCCGCUCAGGCCUGAAGGUUUGAUCACCACGUAUGAUUUUUAGUUGCUUCCAGUUGUUGCAUGAAAGAUGACGGAGCGGGGUGUAAAGCAACAGAAGGUUGUGUUCACUCGGUGUUGUUGCCAAAAACUGGCUUGUAGCCCUCUUACUCCUGCACAAUGUGUAGUCCCUAGCUAGUAGUGGAAGAAAUUGUACAUUUCCUCCGUGUUUCAGCAGCUCAUGUGUUGAUGUCAAUUAUUGCGAUGAGUUUCUGCGAA